AUGGACAGACGGCGGGGCCUGAAGACACAAAGGGUGUACAAUGUAUCUACACGGGCUGCUGGUGCUGACUUGAAGCUCACUGUGAGGACCAUUCGACCGUUCCGGCCAACAAUCCCCCAGCAUUCGCCCAAACCCAUUGGCAGGGCCCUAGUACUGGGAGAGUUUGCCAAAUCUGCCGCUUUUCGUCUGAGCUACCCGCUCAAUCAAUCGAGCUCACAGAAGAAGAUGAGUUCACCAUUGGCCGUCGCAUUCUUUGUCUUUUCCCUCCCAUCUCCUGUCUUCAUGCGAACCAGCAGCCUCAGGAAAAUUCAAAUGACACAGAAGAAUGAUGUAACCAAUCUUCACGGGUCCAGCGACCGAGGCAAUUGCCAGUGCGUCACGAGCACCUCGCGUACGCGCACCUGGGCAUCUGGGCAUCUGGGCCCAAUGCACCAGGCAGAGAAUCCACAUCCACCACCAUCCACCAACACCACAACUACCAUCAACCAACAUCCACCAAACAUGUGCUCUCGACUGACUCAAGAUGAUAUCUGGAGGUGCGAUGGUCGGAGGGCCGUGCGGUACCUCGGAACUUCGUCUAGCGCGUCUACGCGGCUGACUACCACAAACAUCUGUUCCUUCUUCCCAUCAAGCAUUCCCAUCACCAGAACUCACUCAAAAAUGCCACGUACACCAGACUGGGUCAAGCAAUUGAAGCCUUCGGGCGUGCAAGGGCACGAGAUGCUCAAGCAAGAACGCGCCAACUCCAAUGUCCCAUCACAGGAGCUGGAGGUGCUUCUCCACACCCAGGGUAGCAUUGACAGGCGGAAUAAGAUCACUGCUCUCCUCAAGUCGGAGAAGGUCUUUGACAAGUCGCAAAAUUACUUCAUGGGACGCACAGAUCGGUUCGAAAGGGCUCUCGCAAGAGAAAAGCGUCUGAGGAAUCUCAAGAAGCAGCACAAUUGGACCUACGACGAGUUCAGAACGGCCACAGAGCUCGUUGGAGAGCCAGGUCCGUAUGGACUCCACGAUUCCAUGUUCAUGGUCACCCUCGAGGGACAAGGUACACCUGAGCAGCAAGAUAGGUGGCUCAAACCGGCCAGAGAAUACAAAAUCAUUGGAUGCUAUGCCCAGACCGAACUUGGCCACGGUUCCAACGUGCGUGGACUCGAGACCACCGCGACUUGGAAUGCAGAUGACAAGACUUUUACCCUCCACUCUCCCCAUCUCACUGCGAGCAAAUGGUGGAUCGGUUCGCUUGGACGUACCGCCAAUUAUGCUGUCGUCAUGGCCCAGCUGAUGAUUGACGGAAAGUCAUAUGGGCCUACACCAUUCUGUGUCCAGAUACGCGACCUCAAGACCCAUGAACCCCUUGAGAACAUUCAUGUUGGUGACAUUGGUCCCAAAUUUGGUUACAAUACCAUGGACAACGGCUUCCUACUGUUCAACAAGGUCAAGGUGCCGCACAUCAGUAUGUUGGCCAGGUACACGCACGUAGACCCCAAGACCAACAAAUUCGGUCGCCGCGGUGCGCCAUCACUCGUCUACGGAACGCUUACCUGGGUGCGCUCCACCAUCGUCAUGCAGGCUGGUAGCGUCCUUGCUCGUGGUGUGACUAUUGCGACCCGUUACUGUGCUGUUCGCCGCCAGUUCCAGGAUCGUGAUGCACCGGCUGGCGAGGGUGAGACUCCUGUCCUCAACUACACAUUGGUUCAGAUUCGUAUACUUCCGCUUUUGGCUGCCACCUUUGCCCUUCACUUCACUGGGAAGGCGAUGAUGGAGAUGUACCAGGAGAACCAGAAGAAGAUCGCACAAGGAGCCGCCAGCAACGCCCCAAGUUCGCGAGGCGCUGGCCCAGAAGAAGUGAUGCCUGGAAGCGACAUGCUUGCCGAUCUCCAUGCGUCGUCUUGCGCUCUAAAGUCUCUUAGUAGUACAAUUGCGGCCGAGGGUCUUGAGGUUUGCCGACGAGCUUGCGGUGGCCACGGGUACUCCAGUUUCAGCGGUAUCGGGCCCUGGUAUUCCGAUUAUUUGCCAACAACGACUUGGGAGGGCGACAAUUAUAUGCUUAGCGGUCAGGUUGCUCGUUACCUCCUCAAGUCAGCACGCUCAGUCCUGAAGGGCGACAAGCCUGUGAAUGAGACUACCACGAUCCUCACCGAGUUCCACUCUCGGCGCGACAUUGGCUGCGCCUUUGACGUAAUUGGCUCCGACGAAGAUCUCGUGGCCGCCUUCGCAUGGCGCGUUUCCUUCCUCACCUUUGAAGCCAGCAAGCACCGCGACGAGCAAAAGAGGGCCUGGAACGAUCUCCUUGUCAACUUCUACAAGCUCAGCAAAGCCCAUGCACAAUACAUGAUUGUCAAGAACAACCUCGAUGCAAUCAAAGCUAUCCAAAAGGACGGCAAGACCGACCCCGCCAUCCAUGAUGUUCUCCUCAAACUCUUCCGCCUCUUUGCCCUCCAUACGCUCGAGCAGGAGGCCUCUGAGUUUUAUGUCAGUGGUGCUUGCAGCAAGCACCAAAUCUCCCUUGCCCGCAACACGACUGUGAUGCAGCUGCUCAAGGAGAUCCGCCCCCAUGCCGUCCGACUUGUGGAUGCAUGGGGCUUCGACGACUGGGUGCUCGAUAGUUCGCUCGGUCGCAAGGAUGGAAAGGUGUAUGAGGACAUGUUCUACAGGGCCAGUGAGCUGAAUCCGCUGAACGAUAUCACCGUGGAUCCUUACCCGGACAAUGAUGUCCUCUUCAAGCGAAUUGAGAAGAGCAAGUUGUAG